AUGUCGGCUACGUUCACAUUCGUUAACAAGUGUGAACAGACAGUUUGGCCAGGAAUUUCAUCCAAUGCGGGGAUCGCGCCGCUUCAACCAACGGGAUUCGCUCUUCAAAAAGGUGAGGCAAAGGUACUCACCGCGCCAUUGUCUUGGGGAGGUCAGUUCUGGGGACGAACACACUGUUCCAAAGAUUCGGACGGUAAAUUCACUUGUGAUACAGGAGACUGUGGAUCCGGAAAGUUAGAGUGUGCCAGCGCUGGCCCUACUCCUCCUGCCACAUUAGCUGAAUUUACGGUUUCCGGAAAUGGCGGAACGGAUUUCUUCCAUGUGAGUUUGGUGGGCGGAUAUAACCUCCCAACGCUGGUGACACCAAGCGGUGGCUCGGGAAACAAUUGCAAGUCCACUGGGUGUACGGUGGACUUGAAUGGCAGGUGUCCAUCGGCGUUAAAGGUGGUGAAUUCUGACGGAGAAGUGGUGGCGUGUAAAAGCGCUUGUGUGGCGUUUGGGCAGAAAGAGGAUUGCUGUCGCGGCGUGUAUGACUCACGUGAGACGUGUAAACCGUCGUCUUACUCGCAGGUGUUCAAGACCGCAUGUCCACGCGCUUCCACUUACGCAUACGAUGAUCAAACCACCUUCUCCUGCACCAGGGCGGACUACCGGAUCACCUUUUGCCCGCUGUCGAACACUAGGUAA